AAUUAAAUAUAUUAAAUAAUGGACGAUGUUUUAAAAGAUAAGUUUAUUUCCACAAAGCCUAACAUUCCUGAAGAAGCAGAGUUUAUUAUUGAAACACCUUAAAUAAUAGUCACAGAAAAAUAAGUAUAAUAAACAGGUUAGGUUGGUCCAGCAAAACCAUCUGAUGAAGAGAGCUAUUCGUCAGAUGAAGAAGUGAUUGAACCAGAUUAUGAACCAAUUUAAAAAUAGGUAAAAGUAAGUGAAAAUGAAGGAGUUAGGUUAUAAAAUGAUGCUUAGAGAAAGAAAUAAAUUUUUAAAGAUGAAGAUGAUGAUUAUAUUGAUCCUGCAGCUUUAGCUAGAGAUCCUGCCUUAAGAGAAGCAGUUGAAGCUUAAGCAGCAAAAAGAGCUUUAUUAAAAUAUCAACCAUAAAAUGAAGAAUUACCUACCAUGGAAAUUCAAAAAUAAAGAUUAGCAAAUUUUCCAAUAACACAUUAAUUAUUGAUAAAAGGACACACAAAAUAAGCAACAGCAAUAGGAAUAGAUAAUGCUGGAUCUAGAUUAGUAACAGGAGCAUAUGAUUGUAUAGUAAGAUUUUGGGAUUUUUAUGGAAUGGAUAAAAACACUCAUAGUUUUAGAUUAGUAACACCAUAUGAAGGAAAUUAAGUUAAUUAAAUAAGUUGGGCAAAAGAUGGCAAAAAUGUAUUAAUAAUAUGUGCAGAUGCUUAAGCAUGUGUAUUGGAUAGAGAAGGGAAAAGAACUAUGGAUACUCAUAGAGGAGAUAUGUAUAUAAGAGAUAUACUUAAAACUAUUGGACAUACAGCAGCUAUAAAUUCUGGUUGUUUUCAUCCAGAUUUUAGUGAUGUCUUUGUAACUUGUAGUGAUGAUGGAACUGUAAGAAUUUGGGAUAUGACAAAAAAGCUUUAUGGAGUUGCAUAAUGUUUAACUCAUAAAGAUGCUGUUAAAUGCGUUGAUAAAACUGGUCAUAAAGUUUAAGUCUAAUGUGUUACCAUUAGAGGAAGAUUAUUAUUAUGCUAUUGUAGUGAUAAAACUAUUAAAGCUUAUGAAGUUAAUUAAAAUUGUAGAGAAAUUAAAAAAAGACCAUUAUUUACUAUCUAAGAUGCUCAUAAAGAGUUUGUUACUAAAAUUAAAAUUCUAGCUGAUCAAAAGAGAUUCAUUACAUAAAGUGUUGACAAUACUAUUAAAUUAUGGGAAACAUCAAAUACUAAACAUCAUAUUUAUUUACAAUAUUGUAGUAUUAACAGAUUUCCUCCAACAAGAUUUGAUUUAAAUUUUGAUGAAAGUAUACUAGUUACAGCUCAUCAUACAUUUAAAGAUGGAUAUCAAAUUGCUGGACCUACAGAAUUAUUAUUUUUAAAUGUUAAUGAUUUAAGUAUUAAUUGUAGAGUUCAAUUAUUUGAUCAAGCUAUUACUGAAGUUUUAUGGCAUCCAACUUUAAAUUAAAUAUUCUUAGGAAGUGAUGAUGGUCAUGUGAGAGCAUUAUUUAAUCCUAAAUUAAGUUAAAAAGGGGCAUUAUUAGCAACUAAUAGAGCAGUUAAAUUUGUACAUGCUGAAAAUAUGGAAUUAGAAAGACAUGUCCUUAUUCCUGAAAAUUUAUAUAUAUUUAAAGUUAGCGAAACUGUUCAUGGAGGAAUGAAAAUUGUUGAAGAAAAAAAGAGUGCCAAAGAUUAACCUAGAAAACCAGAACCUCCAUAAAAAGGACCUGGAAAAGGAGGAAAACGAUCAGGUCCAGCUACAUUAACAUAAAAUAUAAUGAGCACUUUAAAUGAUAGACCAGAAAAAGAAGAUGUUGUUGAAGAGUUAACCAAAUUAGAUUAUAUCACAAAAUAAAAUCCCUAAUAUGUUGCGUAAGCAUAUAAAAAUACAUAACCUGUAUAAAUCUACGACUACUCUGUUAAUUAAUAAUAAGAACAUACCUUAUUAUCUUCAAUUAAGAAAAUAUGUCCUCAUUGUGGUAUGAAGAUUUGUGCUUGUAAAAGAAAAGUUGUUUGAAAUAAC